AUGAGCGGGUAUGUUACAUGAAUAUAUAUAUACAUAGCAGACGUCCAUCUUUCAAACAUCAUAAUCUGGGAUACUAACUACUAUCUUGCAAAAAAAUAGGUACGCGGUUGUUAUCGUUUUACUAGUGGUGGUGGCGUUAUCAGGGCUAGCAUGGGUGUUUGCUCCCAAGUCCAACACGGUUGUGUUUCGAUCCUCGGUCAUCUUGGCAUUAGCUAUGAUGUACUUGAUGUGGGCAAUAACAUACCUAGCACAACUACACCCAUUGGAGGCACCAAGAAGGUCUGACUUGAGACCAGAAUUCGCUUAG